AUGAAAUCGUCACCAUGCUUGUCGCACCCUCUCGCCCUUGGCUCAACCUUCGCUAUUCUUUUCUCUUCCGCCUUCGCCCGUAAUUUCUCUUCCGCCCCGUCACCCAACAUUGAUCUCUCUGGUCUCGGCCGUGUCGCUCUGGCUGGCGAUUUCGACUCAAUAUCUCUUUACACAUACCAAGGACAAACCCAAAAUGCAAACUUCGCCAAUGGCAGCCAAUAUCUCUUCUCACAAUACCCAGAUGGCUCCUUUCAAAGUCUGGCCCUCGCCGAUGCUUACAUCACUACCAUGUGCCCAUUCGUCAGCGAAGGUGCUCUGCAAGGCAUAGUCGUAGGAGGAAACUUCACCAGUCUCGGCGGUGUCCCUGCUCAAGGCAUCGCUCUAUGGAACCCAAACACCACCACUAUCACUCCUUUGAACGGCCUUUCGGGUUCCGUGUCAGCCGUAUACUGUGAUGACGAGUCUUCAAGGGUUUACGUUGGAGGCAGCUUCACUGGAGGCAACUCAACAAACGCUAUUGCCUGGUCUUCUGGAUGGACUAACCUCCCUUUUGCUGGAUUCAACGGCCCCGUCACAUCAAUCACCAAGAGCUCCAACGGUUCCAUCAUCUUUGGCGGAUCUUUCGAUGGUCUAGGCAACACAACCACUCCCACGAACAAGGACGCUCAGGUCAUCAACCUCUCCGCUGGAAACAUUACAUCUGGCGCCGCGACCUCAACCUCUGGCUUCAGUGAUCCUCGUAAUAUCAUUUGCCAGACUGGUGAUGAUAGCGCUGGUAACGCCUGGCUCCUCGAAGACAACACUCCUGGCUUCUGGAGGGGCUCAUUCGGCUUUGGCUUCAUACCGACCAAAUUGCGCUUGUACAAUACCAACCAGGAUGGUCGUGGAACCAAGACUUGGCGCUUCACUGCUUUCCCUAUCAACGGAAUCAUGAACUUUACUUAUACGGACGAGAGCGGCAAAUUUGCCUCUUGCACUGCCGACUGCCCUCUGCCUCAAGGCAACACUUCAUACCAAGAUUUCCACUUCGUCAACUCUGUCGGUAUGAAUGAUUUCCGUAUCGACAUUUCUGCUUGGUAUGGUGCUGGAGGUGGCUUAAGCGGUAUUGAAUUGUUCCAGGACGACAUUUACGCCUUCGCAAUCUCCGACUUCAAUGAGCCUCGUUGCGACAGUGUUAGCACCACCGGCGCCAACUCGACCGCCACUGGUCCUUGGGUGCAGACUCCCUCUGGACUCAGCACGUCUGAUUAUCUUACUGCCACAUUGAACGGCAGUGUCACCACCGAGUCUGCACAAGUCGUCUUCAAGCCCGAUAUUAAGCAAUCUGGAAACUACUCAAUCACUCUUUAUACUCCGGGCUGUCUACAGGACGAUACUUGCUCCAGUCGUGGAAUCGUCAAUAUCACUGGAUCUAUGACCACCGAGAAGGGUGCCAUCACUACUACUUUGUACCAGACCAACUACUACGACAAGUACGAUCAGAUUUACUACGGCUACGUAGAUGCUGCGUCUGAUUCUUUCCGUCCCGAGGUCACUUUGACACCUGUCGCUGGCCAGAACACGCCCUUGACUGUUGUUGCACAACGAGUUCGCUUCGAAUUGGUUACCUCGACUGGUGGUCUGAACGGCCUCUAUGACUACGACCCGAAUGUCGCAACUGUCAACACCGACUUUUCCGCUUCCAAGAUUGACUCUGCUGCCAUGUCCCUGGACACCGGUGCUAAGAUCAACGCUCUUGCCGUUUACAAGGACGUGACCUACGUCGCUGGCAAUUUCUCAAACGGCGACAUCCACAACAUCUUCAGCAUUGGCGGCGAGAAUGCCACUUCGCUUCCCGGAGGUGGGCUCAACUCUGUGGUGCGUACAAUGUAUCAAAAUGAAUCUACCAUUUAUGUCGGCGGCAACUUCACAGACACCGUGACUGCUCGAACCCCUGGCCUCAGUGGUAUUGCCGCUUUCUCGGUUGAUGAUAACUCAUGGAGAGCUCUUGGUGCUGGUGUUAAUGGUCCCGUGUGGGCAAUCGUUCCUCUCCAGCUGAACAUCACUGGUGCGGACCAAGAGAUAGUCCUCGCUGUGAGUGGUGACUUUACCAGCGUCAACGCUGUCGGUAGCAAUGCCACUUACUCUGCUGAUGGCUUCGCCGCUUGGGUGCCCUCCCGCGGCAACUGGCUCCACAACUUGGCCAACGCAACUGUCGCUUUGAGCGGUGGCCUACUGGCACAGACUAUGGUAGCCGAUUACGGUCAACUUCUAGCUGGAUCACUCGUUGCGUCGCAAAUCGGUAUGAGUGAUGCGGUCGCCCUCAGUGGCUCUGGUAGACCUUCCCUCUCGCCGCUUGGCAUCUCCAUCUCUGCUUCGCAAGAGUCUUCUACCAGGCGCAAGAGAGCUACUACCAGCCAAAACGUCACUGGCGUUGCCACCGGCUACUUCUAUCUGGACAAUGGUAAGAACAUGACCAUCCUUGGAGGUCAUUUCACUGCCAACUCUUCAACUGGUUCCACCAUUAACAAUCUUCUCAUCAUUGACAACACCAACAAUGGCCAGAGUGUUACCGGUCUCCCUAAUACUAUCGAUGCGGACUCGACAGUCCUUGCUCUCGAAGUUCGCGAUACCAGUCUCUUUGCUGGUGGCUCAAUCACCGGAACAGCAAAUGGUGAUGACAUUAACGGUUUGCUCGUCUGGGAUCUUGCUACAAACGCUCUCGCUACCAGCCAGCCCGCAGCACUCGCCGGAAACUCUGUCACCGUCAAUACUAUUGCAGCCCAGCCUGGUUCUUCUAAUGUCUUCGUGGGAGGCAGUUUCGAGAACGCAGGUUCUAUGUCUUGCCCAUCGUUCUGCAUGUACGACACCGCACUGGGCCAGUGGAUGCCCCCUGCCUCCGGACUUAGCGGUACCAUCAACACCAUGACCUGGAGAUCCAACAACCAAUUGAUUGUUGGUGGAGAUUUCACCACUGCUGGCAACCACACCAAACUGGCUCUAUAUGAUUCCAAGAAGCAGACUUUCACCGAUCUGGGCGCUUCGGCCAACCUGCCCGGUGCCGUUACCGCCAUGUCUCCCGCUAAUCCCAACUACGAUGCUUGGUGGGUCGCAGGUACUGCGAGCAAUGGAUCUUCGUUCUUGCAAAAGUUUGAUGGUACCAACUGGCACUCUGUCACUGGCCUUGGCUCUGCGACCGCCAUCAGAGGCCUUCAGGUUAUGUCUCUUACCGAAAAGCAUCAGCUUACUGACCUCGUUCCCUCGAACGAGGUCUUGCUGAUCACCGGUUCGAUCGAGCUUCCUGACCAUGGCAACGCCAGCGCUGUGCUAUUCAAUGGAACCACUUUCCAGCCUUUCAUCCUUACUACCACUGCAAACGGCGGACAGGGUACACUCAGUGGAAUGUUCGUCCAGAACCCUAGCAACUUCUUGAGCUCAAAGUCCCACCAUCUUGCCCUUGGGCUCGUAGUCUUGAUCGGCCUUGCAAUCGCUUGCGGCCUGACCUUCCUGCUGGUUGUCAUCGGUAUCUUGGUCGAACGUCACCGUCGUCGCAGACAGGGUUACGUGCCAAUGCCUCAGCUGAGAGCCGACCAACAUGCCAACCUGGACAGAAUUCCUCCGGAGAGUCUGUUCAGCACGUUGGAAAAGCGUGACACCGCGCCUCGGGUGUGA